AUGUCCAGGACGCCAAGCAACGCGACUGGACCACCACUGGGGGUUGGUCCGGUUCGUCCGCCCAAUCUGCCCUCACGAGGAAUGCCACCGGCGUCGGGAAGUAACACGGGAACCAGCCGGCAAGCGACCGCCUCCGGUACACCACCAGUCACCUACCCAUCUGGGACCGAGGAACGGUUGAUGGUCACCGUCAGGAUUCGGCCGCUGAGUGAUCCUGCCGAGCCGAACUGUAUCCAGGCGCAAUCGAACCGGUCCCGGUCGUUGCUGUUCGACGAUGGAACCCGCAACAAGCCCAAGAAGUACAACUACGAUUGCGUCUUCGGUGAGGCCUCCACUCAGGACGAGGUGUACGCGAUUGCAGUCGCACCGUUGGUGCAGGACGUCCUGAAUGGCUACAAUGCGGCAGUGUUCGCCUACGGGGCGACUGGUUCCGGGAAGACCCAUACCAUGCUAGGACCUCAUGUUCGUUCUGUUCGACCCAACGCCGGAGCACCAACACCAACCCAAACCACCGACAGUCCUGGAGGACCUCCGGAAGUUCCUGUUGGCUCUAGCCAGCCGGGAACCGGAGCCUCAACAGAGCAACCCAACAGCGGGCUCAUGAUUCGAGCGGUGGCAGACAUCUUCGACUACAUCGAUCAGCACGCGGAAGGGUCCGAGAACUUUAAGAUAUCGCUGUCCUACCUGGAAAUCUACAACGAGCUGAUCCGGGACCUGCUCAACCCGGGUGGCCCACUCGAGCUGCGUGAGGACCACCGAGGCAACCAGUCGGUGGCGGGAUUGUUCGAGGUGACAACCACGAGCCGGAGUGAGGUGGUUCAACUACUGCUAAAGGGCAACCGAGCGCGCACGGUCGAACCAACAGCCGCCAACCAGACGUCCUCGCGUAGCCACGCGUUACUCAGCAUCACCGUGCAACAUCUAACACCUUCCGGUACCCGGCAGGGUCGACUCUUCAUGACCGACCUGGCCGGUUCGGAGCGAGCCCGUAAGACGAAGAACCGCGGUAAACGGCUGCAGGAAGGUGCUCACAUCAACCGCAGCCUGUUGGCACUCGGGAACUGCAUAAAUGCGCUGGCUGGUGGCGCUCGGUAUGUCAACUUCCGUGAUUCGAAGCUAACACGCCUGCUCAAGGAGGCGCUGAGUGGACGCUGUAAGACGGUGAUGAUCGCACACGUGGCACCAGAAACGCGCCAUCGGGAUGAGUCAAAGAACACGCUUGUAUACGCGGAUCGAGCAAAUCACAUCACGACACGGUUGCAGGAACCAACGAUCCUGGAGGUGGAGGCCGCAGCAGCUCGAGACGCGUUCCCAAUGGCGCACUAUCAGAACCUUGUGGCAGAGCUUCGUGAUGAAGUAGGCCGAUUGAAGAUGAAGAUGCUCACCGAACGGCCGCGUAGUGGUGCGGCCUUACAGAGACAGCAGCAGCAGCAGUUAGAAGAGCAGACUGCGGCCUCGGAGGGGCAGGUCAAGAAGGCCGAGCUUAAGUUCCUACGCGAGCAGAUCGUGCAGACAUUCAAGCAGCAGAUGAAACUACGCCGGAGACUGCUGGAGGCGGAUAGUCACCUAUUGGGCCUGGAACUGGACGCCGAACGGCAGCAUAUGGUGAUCUCGCAUUGGCAGAGUCGACAGGGCAAGCUGUACGAUCGGGUGGACGAGGAAGAAGAGGAUGGUUCCGAUUCGGAGGGUAGUUCGGCGUUGCGUUCCGCCUGGAGUGAGCUAGCUUCGAUCGAGAAGGAAGUGAAACGAUACCGUCAGAUACGGAGUUCUACUGAGCACGAGUUGGAGGAAUGUCGCAAGCGUGGUGUCGCCUUGGAAGAUGAACUCCCGGAACGCAUCAGCAGUGACGAGGAACGUGAGCUGCUGUCCCUGCUAUGCCGAGUGCAUGAGCUGGAAGCGGAUAAGGUUUCGCUGCAGGCGGAACGGUUGGCAAGGCAGGCCGAGUUGCGACGCCGGGAUCUACAGUUGCUAAGAGCUGAGCGACAACGACGCCUGUGUGAGGACAUCAUCAGUACGCAACGUCGGAUUAUAGAAGAGGGUAAGGUGGAGUUGCCAGAGGACCUGCGUGAAUUGUAUGCGUUGUAUCAACAAGAAAUCCACGCCAGCACGUACACUUCCGGCAUGCAAACAGCGACUGGUUCUUCCCGACAUGUGCUGUACGAUGCAAAGUUGCCUCCGAUCUUCGGACAAGAAAGAGGUAUCUACUCUGCCAGCUCCAGCUCGGGUUCUGAAUGGUCAGCACCGUCUCCAUUGCCACCGGUCGACUCCGAAGGUAACACCGUCAAUCCGGACCGCGCAAUGGGACCAUUAGUGGGACCGAAACUACCAUCCAUCAGCCGCCUGCGAACGAGCUACGGUAGCGCACAAAGCAGCGCCUCUAGCGACGAUUAG